CGGGUUCAGCGUUUCAGCUCCUGGUUAUAUAAAUUCCACCCCCAGUUGUACUCAGGAAAAGACCGCCAUCUUUUCAAGACCAUUACAAGAAGAUAUAGACCAAAAGAAGGCAACAACAGGCAGACAUUCUUGAACUCAAAUCCGUUUUGUUUCGAUCCGUCAGCGAUGUCGGAAGAUUUCGAGAUGGGGAUACCCGGCGAGAACUGGUGGAAUCCGCCAAGAGAUUAUGUGCUCCUCUCAUCGUCCCCGUGUUCAACGAGAGGGCCAAAUGGUAUCAAGGGCAGAAGUUUCAGGGAUUGUUCAGCGGAUAUGGGGGAGAUCAUCAAGAUCGGAAGGUCUAGCAAGGAAGUGAAUGAUGAUGAUGAUGAUGAUGAAAGAUCCAUAGCUUUCCAAGAUGAUUUCAUGCAAAGAGCUCAUCAAAUAGAUUGUAUGAUGGACUCCACAAGCUUGCAUAUGAUGGGGUUUGAUCUUUUCUCUGCAUCGUCUGAUUGGAACCUUGCUGUACUGCAAUCCAGUGGAUUUGAUGAAAGCAGUUGCACUAAUUCCAAGCUGCAAGAAGAAGACAUGGCGAGUUCAAAACUCAACUAUUACAACAAUCAAGAAAAGGAGGUGAUGAUUGAUGAUUCUUCACGUCAAAUUCAGACUGAUUACUGGAGGAGUCAUUCUGCACCAACUUGUCAUGGUAUGUCUACCAAUGGGUCAUGCGCUUCUUAUGUUUACCCUUCAAAUUCAAUCCAGAGUUCUUUAGAACCAGAACAUCACCAGCAUCAACCAUCACCUUUCAACAACCAGCAAUUUAGUGGCUUGCACGUCAACAACUUUCACAGGAAUGAAUCUAGCUUCAUCAAUGCAUCAUCGCGUGCACAAUUUGUCCAAUCUACACUGGAAGAGAAACAGCCCAGUUGCCCAAAGACCAGCUGUGAAGAUGUUGGAGACUUGGGUUCCAUGGCGAAGAAUAUUGGCAUUGAACCUGCGUUUAAAAGGCCUCGAUUCGAAACACCAUCACAGUUACCGACAUUCAAGAUGCGAAAAGAGAAGCUAGGGGACCGAGUGACCGCGCUCCAGCAACUAGUUUCGCCUUUUGGAAAGACCGACACGGCAUCGGUUCUCCAUGAAGCCGUCGAGUAUAUCAAAUUUUUACACGAUCAAGUCAAUGUUUUGUGUUCUCCAUACAUGGGAAAUGAAACGCCAGUUAAGGCUCCAGGAAAACGAAAAGAUGAUCAGCAAGGGCUUUCUAAACUAGACCUAAGAAGCAGAGGCCUAUGUCUGAUGCCGAUUUCCAGCACAUUCCCAGUCGCAAACAGCACAACGCCGCAGUUUUGGGAGCCGACUCUCGAACAGGAUUUCACUUAGAGAAGGAUGACUCAGCCAGGAAAAAUGAAGUUAGCGCAACAUUAAGACAAUUAACUACAACAGCCGAUCACUUCUUCAACAGGUAUUACUUUGGAGACACAUUGACUUCAGUUCAGUUCAAUUCAGAAAGGAGAGAAGGAAGACACAAAAGCUGAGAGACCCUCUAGCUUGGCUGUCGUGAGGGGGAAAGGGAAAGCAAAGCAAAAGGAGCAGGAGAGAGAGAAAAGAUGGAGACAAGUAAAGGGCCAAGUACAGAGAAGAUGAUAGUGAUUAGGUUAGGAAAAAUACUUUUUAGUAACUGCUGAUCAAGGUGUACGCAGGCGGUCAACCGGAAGCAUUCCUCUAGUUUGUAUGUGGAAGUGGGUUUGGAACGAGGAAUACAAGGUGCUUUUUCUGGUGGAA